UGUCGUGUGUACGUGUGUGUUGCGUUUUCCAGACUCCGGGAGCUGACCGGAUUCCGGGUUUUUGUCGCGUUUCGCGAGACCAGCUGUCCGAUUGGAAAAUCGCCAUUUCCAUCGCGAUAUAGACAAAAGGGUGGACCCAGGGACGUUAACGCCAUCGUCCUCGACGUCAGCGACGUCACGUCAAUCGAACUCUCGGUGGAAACAAGUGACCGUCGACCUCGAUUCGUUAUUGUUUCUCGCGUGUGAAGUUUGAUUUUUUCCCGACUCCGGUGAAUAUCGUGCGAGUGUUCAACGCCCGGACCGAAACUCCGGGCAACCAGGGAUUGCGAUUCGACUGCAACCGAUGACUGAGACGUCGAAGAGUUGAGAACCGCCAGAAUGUUAUCGCGUUGAAGCAGGGGCGCUGAAAACGCAAUGUGGUAGACGGGGUUGGGGGUUGCAGCCCCCCUGUCGACCUGGCGCCGCCAUCACGGAUCACCACGGCGACCGACACAGAUGUACUGACGAGGGGCCCAGGGCCGCCGGGGGCGGCAACGGCGCGCCUAGUCGCGGCAUGCCGCCGGUCGGCGGCGGCGGCGGUUGUCUGGCUGACGGCGUGCGCGGCGGCGGCGGCGGCGGCAGUGACUGCACGACCGCCCCCGUCAAAGGCGGUCCCGGCUGCGUGGUCAGCGAACGGUACCCGCUCGGCAAGAAGGAACAGUUCCAGUUUAAAGAUUAUCAUCGUCAGGACAGAUAUCACCUCGCGCAGUCGUCAACGAGGUUCCCGUCGAACGAAUGGAACGGUCUCGAGAGGCCCCAACGUCACUCGCGUACUCCCUCGCCUUCUUCCGAACGUUACCAUGCGUUGGACAAGGGCAGGGAAAAAUAUCAAGGCGAUGCGAUGGAAAGUACCGGUGGCGAUGUCCGGUUGGGGCAGGCGUCGACGCAGAGCGCAUGCUCCAUCGAAAGAUAUACCCCGACCGAAAGGCACCGACGGGGAUCAAACGCUGAAAUUUACAAGGUUAGAGAGGGAUCGUCUAGCACGGAUAGGAAAGAAAUGGAGAGGCUGCAAAGAGAAUACCGUCAAGAUAGAUUCGCCCACGAACAAUACGUCGUCGAAAGGUUCAACCGGUCUGCGUCGCCUGCUGACAGGUUGGGCGCGAACGCGGGCGCCGCCGCCACGACGGCGGUUCUCGCCUGCCCGCCCCCAGAGCCUUUCGCCGGCACGAGUCCCGCGGAACCGCCUUCCCCCGCCCCCACCUCCGACCGGUUCGUCCCCCCUCCCCCGGCACCUACCCUCACCCCGGAGGAACCGCCCGACUGCUACGCGCACGGCGCUUUCCCCUCCCCCACUGCGCAGCCAGCGCCUGCGCAGCAGGAACGUUUCGUUCCGCCUCCCCCUCUGCCACCAUCUCCGACGGACUUUGCCGCGCAGCAGAAGGAGUUGCAAGCCAAACAGAGAUAUUUGUAUUCGCCCAACCAAUCGAGCGAGAGAUACAUCCUGCAGUACAAGCAGCAGAAGUCGCACCUGCAGGACAAGUACCCGCAAGCCGGUUUUGCCGCGGAUAGGUACCACCAGGUGGCGUCCUCGUCUUCGAAUUCGUCGACGGGCAGCGGUUACGGCCAGCAGAUGUCGGUGAGGGGCGAUCACCGAUUCGGGGUUGAUCGAUAUUUGCCGCCCAACGCUCACAUGCCCGUCGAAAGAUACGUGCCGCAGCCUCAACCCCAAGAACUAUAUUACGGAACUUAUCAGCCCUACGAGCGUUUCGGCAAACAAUUCAACGCGUCUGAUCCCUACAUGAGACGAGACCUCACGUACCAUUACCGUCUGCCUAUCUCAUUCACCCAAAACCAAUUUCAAAAAAUAAGGUACUCGCAUCUGGGUACGCCGUCACGGGCCAAGUGUUGCCAGUACGACCAGUACCAGUUGGCCAAGUCCAGUCCCGGGUCAUCUUCGAGCAACAGUUCGGUCGCCAGCAACAACACUUCAAGUUUACAGGACGUGCAGUGCCAAAAUAGUUACCAGGGAAAGGAUUUCCACUACCAACAGGAAAAGGGCACGCAGUGCGACAGUCCGGCGACGGCGCAGCCCCAACACGCGUCCCUUCUCGUCCUGUCGAAAGGGAGCUGCGCCCCCCAAUCGGCGUGCCGCCACAGCGUAUGCGAGGCGACAGCCGUCGAGUACGUGGGGGCUAGCGGGGGGCGUCACGUCUGCACUACGCCACCUCCGCGACUCUCCGAAAGGUGCGAAGGUUGCGUGCAAGCCGCGGCUGCGCAGGCGGCCGCCCAAGCUGCGCAGCGAAGCUUGAGGACUGCCGCGCAGCAGCAGCAACAGCCGACCGCGAAUUGGCGGGCGUCUCCGCCCCAACCGCUCCAGCAGGCUUCGAAUCGUCCGCCACCCGAACCAACCCAACCCACGACUCAGCCGCAACAGCUAGUCACGCCCCACCACUCUCCACCUCCGACGGCAUCCCAGCAACCUACAGCUUCCACCCGAGUACCUACGGAACAGCCGAACGAUGACGCUUCGCCGAGACAAAGACAAGCGCCCCAGGCGUCUUCGUCGCCCCCCAGGGGAAGCGCCGCCGUCCAGAGAGCGAUUUCGAUGCCGACGUCGUCCGUCGCCGCCGUCGAAACGACUUCGCAGGCUCAGCCGAAACGCGUGAACUACAGCCAAUCCGAACGGAUACCCAACAGGACACGACCGCCUUUAAAUCGAUCGACCAGCAGGAAGGAAAUGAUCAAGAACUACAUCAAAAAGGAAACGGCCAACUUCUUCGGCGUGGACGAGGAGAACGAGAACGAAGAGCAACUCAGGUGGUUGGAUCGCAGGAAACGAAUGGCGUGGAGGACCAUGGGACCGUUAAAGGACGAAUUCUGCAAGCCCAGUUACCGUCCGCGGUCUCAGCAUGCACGCGCCGCCUCUGACGUCACCGAUCAGGCCGCAACGACUUCCAGAGCACCGCCACCUCGCAUGCCAGGUCGCCCCGACGUUCUUCCGUUGGGUACGGGCGACGGAGACGCUGCCGACGGUUUCGAGAGGGCGGCAGGGGCGCCGCAAACGAUCGGUCUGCGCAGAAAGGACUCGGUAGCGAGAAUGACGUGGAACGGACUCAGCUACAUGGUCACCACCUUGACACGCCACCGCCAACGGACCACGCCCACAUCGUCGUGGUCCCGGAGCUACCCUUCCGAAAUACCCCCUGUUGCCGCUCGUGACGUGGUCAGCACCCCGGACGAGGAGCGAGCGUUUUUCGAGAAACCCCCGGCAGACAUGGGCGGCGCCGACGCGGUAGACAGAGGCGCGAGGUUGAGGAUAGACGAUGGCAUCGUCGCCGACCACGUCCACAGAAGAUAUUCGGCGAACAUACCUCCAGGUGGUUGGAGAAGGGAUCACGAGGACGUGGUACUGAGACAUGGAGAGCAAAGGCCCAGCAUCGGUAUAUCGAGGAUCCUGUCGAAUACUCUGGACCACGUCCUAGACAAUUCGGAUAGAAGAAUGUACGGGAUGGGUUGGGUCGGGAGACUGUUCGGACGUACGUACCGACGUUCGGUGAUAACCGACAGUGACGUAAGGCGCCAACUAGACGACAUGGACGAUCAUCGGCCGUUGUUCACCUAUUGGGUGACGACGGUCCAAGUGCUCGUCCUUCUCAUAUCGAUCGCCUGCUAUGGUUUCGGACCGUUCGGCGUUAACCUUCAGGCCAAAUCGGGUCAGGUGCUCGUGACGAGCCUCAGCUUACAACAGGUCGACUACACGGAACCAGCCAAUUUUUGGUUCGGUCCUCGGGCCGCUGACCUCAUCCACUUGGGCGCCAAGUUCGCUCCGUGCAUGAGAAACGACGACAAGAUCACCCAGCAGAUCGAGAAGAUCAGGAAGAAAGAAAAGGAGACCGCCUGCUGCAUCCGGAACGACGAUUCCGGCUGCGUGCAGUCUUCGCAGGCCGAUUGUUCGUUGAGAGGACUGAGACCUAUGAAAAUAAUAUCCAAGUGGAAAAAGUGGACGUCGGGAGACGCGGGGCCCGGCGGGAGGAUAUCGGGCUCUGUUUGCGGUCUCGAUCCUAAGUACUGCGACGCUCCGGCCAGCGUCCACCCGUACGAGUGGCCCGACGACAUCACCAAGUGGCCGAUAUGUCGCAAGGCGAGGCGAGAAAAAGGCAGCAGCAGGGACAAACCGGCAGAGCACAUGGUCUGCGAGGUGAUUGGCCACCCGUGUUGCAUAGGAAUCCACGGCCAGUGUCGCAUCACGACGAGAGAGUACUGCGACUUCGUCCGGGGGACAUUCCACGAGGAAGCGUCGCUGUGUUCGCAGGUGUCGUGCUUGAACGACGUCUGCGGCAUGAUCCCGUUCUACCUGCCCGACGUGCCUGACCAAUUCUACCGCCUGUGGACGUCCCUGUUUUUGCACGCGGGCGUUUUGCAGCUGCUCAUCACCGUCCUGGUCCAGCAUUUCCUGAUGCGCGACUUGGAGAAACUGACCGGCUCUUUACGUAUCGCCAUUAUUUAUAUAGGUUCGGGCGUGGCAGGCAAUUUGGCCAGCGCUAUAUUCGUCCCCUAUCGGGCAGACGUGGGUCCUGCGGGUUCCCAAUUCGGCCUGCUCGCCUGCCUCGUGGUGGAGGUGCUGAACGCGCGUCCCAUGCUCAAACACCCGAACCAGGCGCUGUGCAAAUUGCUCGCCGUCACCGCCGCACUCUUCGUCGUCGGUCUGCUGCCGUGGGUCGAUAAUUUCGCACACCUCUUCGGGUUCGCUUUCGGGUUCCUUCUCUCGUACGCCCUACUCCCGUUCGUCUCGUUCGGCCCUUAUGACCGUCACAAGAAGGUAUUCCUCAUAUGGGUGUGUCUGAUCGCGGCCGGCACCCUGUUCGUCUGUCUCGUCCUCCUCUUUUACAUCAUACCCGUGUACGAUUGCAGGGUGUGCUCGUACUUCAAUUGUUUACCGUUGACGAGGGACUUUUGCGCGUCCCAGAACAUAAAUUUCAAGCGCGAGGAGCCGGUGGUAUGACGAAAAAGAAUACGGUUCGUAACCGUGUAUUUAAUCGUUGUCUCCCCGCCCCCACCUCCCGUCGUUUCACGCGACACGGUGCCCGCCCACCGCGCUCUACCGACUGACUUUUAGCACACGCACACGGGGUCGCGCUUCGAAAACGUAUUAAUUUUUCGUCGCCGGCGCAUCCGCCACAAGUUCACCCGUCUCUUGCCUUCGAUGUAAAAGACCGUCGCUUUACUGAUAUUUAUAAUUUAAUCGGAAACGCCUAUGCGCCAGCCGUACUUACGCCCGGCGCAUCCGCCAAAAUAACAUCAUUCGGAUAUCGUCGUAAAGCCGACCCCGUACGCUUUCCAUAUUUUUUUCACGACGGGAGAAGAAAGACCCCCCCCCCAAACGUUAACCUGGGACACACACUCCACGCGCCGUUCUUGUAUAGUUAUGUGAUAAAUUCCUCGAUAGUGUACUUUAAUAUAGGACAACUGUGCUAUCUAUCGUAAUCUACCAUUGUGGAAGGACGUUGAAACCAUGUGAUAAAAAUUAAGAUAUCCCCGAAGUAAAGAUCUUAAUAUUAUAUAUACGCGUAAUAUGGAUUUAUUUCCCGACGUCACGUCGCAGUAAUGGAGGUUAUACUCUCGUUUUUCAUUCGCAACGAAACAUUCGGGCCCGCAGCCUUGGUUGCCGACGUGAAGCGCUUGUUUUUCGAAAAAUAUAAUAUGAUAAAAUGUGCUCUCCCUCCCUGACCCCGCCCCCACAACAUUACAUUACCGAUUUUAGCUUUAAUAUAAACUGUACAUGUCUGUGGCAUACUUCAUCACAGAUAAUUCGCACUUUGUUCACCGUCAGCGCUGGGGUGCCCAACGCCUUAACCAUUUUCGAUAGGCAGUAUGUUGGGUUGUCGUUUCGUAUGAUAUUAUAACAAUGCACAAUUUUUAUAUCAAUACCGAUAUCAAAUUACAUAAUUACAAGUACUCGAGGAAAGCCGAGACCGCCAUGACAGUCGACGGCACGGUCGCCCUUUUUUGUGUUGAGGUAUGCUCCCCAAAAAAUGAAUAUAAAAAAUCAUGUAAAUGUUUAUUCCAUUGUCUUGUUUGGGUGUUCUAAAGGACAUAAAUUAUUGAAAAAAUAUUUUCAUUAUUAUAAACAGUGUAUAAUAAAAAUAGAUAUGGAUGAACUAUAAAAAAUAUGUAUAUACUAGUGCAGUAAGUAUGAGUACCUUCUUUGAUUUAGGUGUGAAAUGUGAACUUAAUUUUUGUAAAAAUUACAAAUGAAUUAUACUCCUUACACUAACGGCACGAUGUGUUUUACUUUAUU